AUGCUUGUCUUCCUGAUUCUCUUUCUGCUUUCGAAUUCAUUUCAACUGGGUAAGAAACAUUGUGAAUCGAUAUAUCGCAUGCUUAGUAAAUUGUAAGUUUUAUUUCCCCCCUUAAUAAUAAUAUAUUUAAGUAUUUCCUAGUAUAUACGUUGUGCACCCACUAUUACUGUCGUUCCAAUUGAAGUGUUGCUGAAAUAUUGAUUCAAUACAUUACCUCGGGCUGACCAAUUCAUUUGAUCAAGUUCCUCGAAAUAUUCAUACACUUCCUGUGAAAGAGCCAAUUCCAAGUAUUUGAUCAUUUCUGGUCACUUCCUUUCUAUUUAUGAUUGGUUAGUUGCACAAACAGCAAAGGUGAUUGGUGCAUUCAAACUAUUCAACAGGAAGUUUACAAUUAUACUAGGAAGUGUAUGAAUAUCUCGAGGAACUUGAUCAAAUGAAUUGGUCAGCCCGAGGUAAUGUAUUGAAUCAAUAUUUCAGCAACACUUCAAUUGGAACGACAGUAAAUUUCUUUAAAAGGUUGGACUAAAACUUGUUGAUCUAAAGUAUAUCAAAGCAACUAUUUUCCUUGAUAAACUACUUUUGAACCGUUUUACAGGUGUUAGGCAUGUAAUGUAUAUGUGCCGGCUUUCGCAACGACAUCAUUUAUUGAAUCAUGGCUAGAAAUCCGAGACAGUCAGCGGUCUGGCACGCGGUUUCAUAAAUUCAGCAGUUUUGCUUGCUGGCUCGAAGAUUUUGAGAUACGUCAUGCCUUUCUAAUUAAUAUUCACAAAGAUGGUGGGUGGCUUGCGCCUUCCAAAUUCAUGCAUUUCCCUUUCCAUUCCCUUAACUCGUCUUGAACGUUCUUAAUUUCAAAUAAAUGCAAUUUUCUGACCCGUUUAUCCAAAUCUAUUCGAACUCUUCCCCUGCUCUUCCUAUAAAGUUGUGUCACACCACCAGCAAUUUUUGAAAGUGUUUCAUUUAAUAAUCUCUCACUAAUAUUCGGUCCUUAUAAAAAAAAAAAAUCUGUCAGGGACACAAUAUUCUAACAGAUCGACAAAAUUCACGGACUUGCCUUGAUUAGCCGUACGUCGAAGUUGGACCAGAACUCGAUGGCGAUGGGCGAUCAGAGUUGGUAUCUGGUCGACUCGUCGGCGUCUGGCUUGAAUUUUGGCUUUAAAUUAAUAGUCUUUAGACCCGUAUACAAUGCCGUGCCACUCUUUCAAAAGGGGAUAAGGUAUAUCCAGCGAACAAAUUAUCUUUCUUUCAUUAUUCUUAGCUGCAUACCGUAAAUCCGGUUGACUAAGCAUGAUUUUAUCCUCAAAAGACCAGCGAUUUUUAGACAAAUUGUACGACAUUUUACUUUAAAAAUGAUGUAUUGCGACAUGUUUACAUGUGCCAGGCGGUGCCAGGCGCUGUCAAAGCUUAGGGGAAACCCCUACAGACAUUCCUGAAAUAACAUGGCGAACUAUACGAUCGGAAAAAUCAAAAUAGAACAAGAAAUUGGCAAGUUUCUCGUCGUAGAAUUUCAAUCAAUGGCCAUAACGCGUGCUAUGAUCACUGUCGAUAUUGUGCAGUUUUUCAAAGCGAUUUGGAACAGGUUAGAGCACAAAAUGAGGCACUUAUUUUGCGUGCAAAAUGAAGACUAACAUGUAAACAUCAUAUACAGAUUUGUGGGGGGAAAGCAAACUAUUGUGUAAAAGCGCAAGAAGCGCGUGUUUGCAUCAAGUUUACGAUAAUUUUGCAUGAAUGAUGAAGCUAGUAUGGGGGGUUUCUAAUUUCAUAGUCCAAUGCAAACGCGAAAAUGGAACAAUGUUGCUCUAGUCAUGUAUAAUAAUAUUAUAAUUUUUUUUGAAAGAAUACCAAAUAAACUGUAGUUUAAGAUUUGUGGGACGUUAAUUUUCUUAAUACAUUUCGUUAAAUCGGUAAACAUAGUUGAGGAGCACAGAAACCUUAUACUAUUUACUAGUAGGAUUUUAUGUCAGCCAAAUUUUCUAUUACUCGAAUUUGAUACGAUGCGCGUGCGCGGCGGCCAUGCUGUCUCAGAUUUCUGGCCAUGUUGACUGGAAGUCACGGCCACCCGUUGCGUUGCUUUUUUCAACCAAAGUCAAUGGUCUUAUUUUUAGACUGAUUUUUUAUUUUUCGAAUCUAAAAAAUGGUAUAUUGGUGUAAAUGAAAAGCAACAUAGCGACACGCCAUAUAUAACCUGCGAGCAGGCUCUCCUUUAAUUCGCAGGCUACGAAAGCUCCCCAGCCCGGCGCGACCAGCCUCCCUUUUAGUGCGAUAUGGAUUACAUUUAUAAAAAAAGCUCUUGUCUAAUGCUUGUGCUUUUACUAUUUAUUCUAUUGAUAAUUUCAAAAUGUGCCGCGAAUUUAUCAUAUUGAUAAAUUCGGACGUGUUUAACAAUUUACUCAUAGAGUAAAUUCAAAGGUGGAGCUCAUGUUGAGAUUGAUUGUCAUACUGCAGAGUAUAUAGUCCAUUGUUAUUACAGGAGGUAACUUAAUUAAUGAACUUUAGUUAUUAUAUAGGGUGAGUAAAAAAACUGAUACCUUCGCGGUUAAUUUGAAUAACAAAGGUGUCAGUUUUUUUUACUCACCCUGUACAUUGAAGUCACUACGUGUCUUCUGAUUGACAAAUAGCUUACGACUAAAUAAAUGAUGGAAAUCACGCAACCUACACAUAACUCAGUUAUCUGCUACAAUCUUGGACUCAAAACCCUUGAGACCGUUUCCAAAAUUUCAAAAAAUCUUUUCCGGACAAACACCAGUUAUAUAUUAAGGACAAAUGCCUGUAUAAACACGGGUAAAACACAUUUUUUCGGACCAAUAUAUAUACCAGCAGAAUUAAGGUCUAAAAAUUUUUCUCCUACCAUUAUUUAUAUAAAAAACGUUCCAAAUAUUUUUUUAAUUACACCUUUUGUGGCCCCCCCAGUUUCGCAAAUUUUGGGGCCCCCUUGGGGGCCCCGGGGCAAAUUGCCCUCUUUUCCCCCCUCCGGGAGGCCCUGAUCAGUUCUAAACUGUUCUCCCCAGACAUACAGUAAGGGCCAUCCCUAAGGUUACCACAGGAGAAAAUAGGAAUACCAGGAGAAAACCUGAGGUAUUUGCUAGUGACUUGCAGAGGUAACUGGAAACACUCUUAAUUCUUGCACUCAACGGAAGAGAAACUAUAAGAGUGCGCAUCCAAAUGACGCACGUCGGGAUAAAUUGCAAUUGAAUCACAACAUGUAGCUGAGACUGGAAGAAUGUGCAUGUUAAAGUAUUCAGCAGUUUGAUCAUUAUUUGUGUUUCACUUAUAGUCAUAUUUUGCCUAGUCUGCGAACCCAGACGUCAUUUCCCACGCUCACUCUUUUUUUGCCCUUUGGUUACAUUUUCAUGUCACGCAGUCACGAAAUAUGAUUCGUUAGGAGGUGAGGUUUCGUGAUUGCGUGAGGUUUCGUGAUUGCGUGACAUGAAAACACAACCCGUUCUUUGCUCGGAAACUCGGAAAGUAACUUUCUGGGUUCGCAGAGUAUAUUUUGCCUUAAUUUAAUUUAAUUUAUAAACUUUGCCGAUGAAACAGUACAUUAUUAAUACAUACUGUAACAUGACAAAAACAAACGUACAUAAUGAAAUACAAUACAUAUAUGACCAUGGCUGGCUGACCGCAACAGCGAAUAGCCAAUUACUGCGGGCCCAACAGAAAAUUAUAUUACACAUACAUACAUUACAGGUGUGAUCUUAUUUACAGUUCAACAGCAACACGAUAUUGGACGUAACAGGCUACGAAUACAAUUACAUUUCAGACAUAUACUAGCUCUUCAAUGUUCGAGAGUUUUCAGGAUCAUAAUUAAGUCCAGUCUUAGUGACAUGUUGGGGACCGGUCAUUAAUAAUGGGAGUGGGGGCGGUGGGUGAUAAAUACCAAAUAUUGAACAUUUUUUAGAGCCUUUAUUUUCAAGACGCCCCCACCUUCAUCUAGAAAGUUUAGGACCCCCCCCCCCACAAUUAAUCCGUUACAUUUUUGGUUUAAAAUACGUAAUGGGGCAAGUACUGUUGUAAGACAUUGUGCAUGUGGCGUAAAUAAUUAGAGGACCAAUAUUGAAAAUGGUUGUUAUUUACUCCGACUCCUAUGGUGAACUGCAUAUACGUAAUAAACUAUGGAAACUACGAUUAUUUACUACGGAACUAAAGAAGGUGAAAUAUUUUGUAGGAUUCGACAAGGUCGAGAGAUUGAAAAUGAGGAGGAAAAUAUUUAAAAAUUGGGUUCCCCUUGUUACAUAUUUUUCAGUUUGAGGCCGCCCCCAAUUCAGGGGAAAAGAUUUGAAGCCACCCCCCUUUUCUCACUCACCGCCCCCCACUAUUAAUGACCGGUCCCUUAUAGUUCAACUGCAAUUUUCCCGUACGUUUUUAAAUGCGUAGUUGAGCCUCUGAAUGGGCUUAUAAUCAAAGUACUGAAUAUUGCGGGAAUCGAACCUUAGUCACAGAGUAUAUACAGGAAGCACAUGGCCACCAACACACACGUACCACACCAACACCAACGCGACUUUUGUAUAGUCGAGAAAAGAAUCUAUAUUUCUUGAUUUUCUCAGAUGAUGUGCAAACGAAACAAAUACCUGAUAUCCUGUACGAUGAACUAAAUAUCAAAGACAAGGAACUGCUGAACAAAUUAAAGAAAUAUGAAAUUGUCCAUCCUGAAGAUACAACACCUACUGCCAAUGAAUUCCCAGAUUUUUAUAGCCAGGUAAAUAAUUUUGCUGCAGCUUCUUAAUUUGGUUUUUGUCAUCAAUAUUUCUUGGUAUAUAUUUCUUAGUUCUUUGUAUGAUUGCAUGGCGAUCUGGUUACAGAACAAUGCAAAAAAAACAAAACAAGUAGGAAAAACAUGUUUUUGAUGUUACAGGGUGAGACAGUUGAGAGAAGUAUAUCUUUCCUACAUAAUGGGAAGAAGUUAGUCCUUGAUCUUGUUCCAAACAGGUAUUACAUUCUAUUUCUUUAGCAAACUACUAAAAUGCUUUAUAAAUUCCUAAACUAUACAUUUUCAUCUUUUACAUACAGUAUUAGCCAGGUCAUAAUAUAUUCGUUUGUAUUGAAUUGAAAAUGUUUUCUGAUCUUUGUCAGAAACUUGGUGUCACCCCGAUAUAAGGAGAGGUAUUACCUUCCUGAUGGAAACACUGCUUUGAGAGAGGUUUGCUAAAAAAUUGUAAAUUUUCCUGAGUGAAUUAGGUAAGACUAUAAACUCCUUGGCCUUUAUUUUUUCUUUUUAUAGCGAACACACGACUGUUUUUUCCACGGUCACGUUAGGAGCGAAGAGCAAUCGAAUCUUGCUCUCACCACAUGUGAAGGUUUUCAGUAAGUUGAUUUUUAAAUCGAAGGAACUAGAUUCUGUUCCGAAAUAUCACUUACUCGAACCGUCCUGACCGCGUAGCUCAGUUGGCAGAGCAUUGGGCUAGUAUUCCAAAGGUCGUAGGUUCGAUUCCCACCGUGGCCGGGCAUAUUUUUCAAGCUCGCCCGGUGUGGAUAUACACUCAGAGUAACAUCACAAAUAUCAUAUUCACCUGAGUACACAACACCAACACAGAAAAAAAUCAGUUCUAAAUGUUCUCCCUAAUCGUCCUGAUCAUGUAAGAAGAAGAAUUUCUUAUUUGUGUUUCCUUUUUCUUAGUGGUUAUAUCAGAAGACAUGACGAGACUUUCUUUAUUCAACCAUUGUUUGACCAGGAUCGGAAGGUAUAAGUGUGAUUGCACGCUUCGUUUAUAGUUCGAUAUUUAUAGUUUAUUUUAAUCUCACAGAAUAUUUAACCGUAUGUCUACAAAAUGAAUACUGAAUAAAAUAACACGAUUAUUUACACACAUAAACAACAGCAAAGUCAAAGAAAAUAAACAUCAUUGUCCGUAACUAAAGCUGUGUUCGGUGAUCGUCUGACCGUUUAAAUCACCGCUCGUUAAUAUAACUACAUAUUAAGUACACCAUAACAAUAAGUUAGUAAUGUUUUCACUCGCUACUCUGGUUUUAGUAGAUGAAUGCAAAGCCCAGUCGAAUUGCAUUGACGACCCAACGUUUCGACACUCCAGUCUAGUGUCUAAAUGUCUUCAUCAGGGGUGAUCUGCAGUCGCAAAGUGGCUUCUAAUAUAUAUACCCAUGGGAUGACGUCAUCUGCCAAUACAACAAGAUGGAGGUAUUCUUGUGGCAGAUAAGCAUCGGCAUCUCUAUUCAAAGCAUGUCUUUGACCGUAGCGAUUGUCAGUGAUAAUGACUCUAGAGUUUUCCCAUGUAAUCAUAUGUGUUUAGUGUUACACACAGGCUCUGCUAAUUUCCCUGUAUUUAAAGUUAAACAGCCUUUCGAUGUUCUUUUAGCCGUGUGCCAAACUGGUAUUUUAUAGAAAAUACAACAUGAUUUUCUGAUUUGUUUGAACAGGAUCUUUCGGCUUUGCGAAAAUAUGUCCUAAAGUCAAAUAAGGUUUUAAGGCAACCUUAAUAUUACACGCAUGCAAUAUACUGAUGAAAACAGGAUUGAACAAUGUUUUGCUGCCCACACUGUUCAUAGCUGUCAAUAAUAUUGAACAACAUCGUUACACCCGAUUCAGGCUCAACAAUAUUGUUCAAUAUUGUUGACAAGGGGCAGCAAAACAUUGUUCAAUCCUGUUGAGCAGCGGGCUCGGCGUUUUUUUGCCGUGUACAAUUACUUUAAGUUCAUGAGGGUCAGCGGUUAGGGUUAUAUAGAGUCAGGGUAAGGAAAGGGCUCAACAUUCAUAAACAGCGAGAUAUGAAUUUAUAACCCAGAGUAGCGAGCGAAAACAUGACUGACAUUAUGCCUGGUUGCCGUGAACUCACAAAUUUUAAAGAUAUAAGUUAGUUAAGGCCUGUUUCAAACGUCGCGCUUCUCAUGUGGAUAAUCAGCUGAAAUGCCUCAUUAUAUCUAUUGUUUCUAAUGCGUUCGGCACAUGAGAAGCACGACGUGUGAAACAGACCUAAUAAUGCACGAUAUCAAAUUUUUAAUAGAAUGUGGCAAUUCACUUUUACUAUAAUUACGUUGGCGUGGAAAAUGAUUUAUGAUUUGUAUUUUUUCAGAGGGUGGCUCACGUCGUCUAUAGUCCCAGUGAUAUUACAGGAGAGAAAUUUCAAUGUCGUAAGUUCAAAGAUAUAUAUAUUGAUUUCAUUACUUAUAUUUAUCACUCUAAAAUGGAGAGAAAGCCUAAGCAGGUCUUACAACACAAACGACCAUGCAUGGUCGCCGCGGAGGGUGCGAUGAUGCCUAAUGGAGGGUCUUAAUGGGGGUUUUUGGAUGUCAGUUGUCAGCUAAAAUUUAAGCCAGUUGUCAGUGCGACAUAUUGCAAGCUGUCAGUAGUCAGUUACUGCAAAAUGCUGACUCAUCAUUUUUCAUCAUUUCUCAGUUGUCAGUUAGGAUAUUUUGUCAGUUGUCAGUCAAAAAUUCAGGCAAAUGUCAGUAGUCAGGUAACCCCAUUCAGACCCUCCUAAUGAUUAGUGUUUAGUGAUGGAGGAAAACUGGAGGAUCCGGAGAAAAACUCUCGAAGCACGGGAGAGAACAAACUAAAUUCUACUUACAUGCAUGAGUUUUUUAAGGACAAUGAAGUUAUACCCAAACUAAGUAAGUCCCUAUCAUGGAUCAUCAGUAAGCAGGCUUAAUCAAAGGUAAGGGGUAGCGCGCUAACCGCCUCUGUUGUCAAUGCAACUAUGAUAUCUGAAUAUGAUAUUAUUGCUUUAAAAUAAUUUGAUAUUUAUUUUCAGCUCAUGAUGGCAUCCAAACGAACGAAAGUGGCUACGAUUUUCUGAACCGAUUUCCUCUAGAUGAACAUCAUAGAGUAAGAACAUCUGAAUUCCAGUUUUGUGUGGCUAUAAUUUAACCUCAGUCGCUUGUACGAGGAGCAUAUCCAUUACCAAUUUGACUUUACAUGGUUUUCUCCCAGUAGUUCGUUUGUUUCCUGUGGUUGACUCACAGAAUUGGUAGAGGCCGUAGAGCUAUAUCCAAUAUAAAUAGCUUUAGAACUGGUUCAGCUAUAUCCAAUAUAAAUAACUUGCUUUCCUUCUGUAGUAACCAAAAAUAACACAGGAUCAAUAAGGAAUGCCAUUGCCUCAAAGGAGAACAGUAUAGAACAGUUAGAACUGUCUGGUAGAGGUAUCCAAUAGAAGAAUUUUUGAAAGACGCAUCAUGAUAAAAAAAUUUCACGUUUUUUUCCAGUCUCGUCGUGAUGUCCUGACAGAAAUUAAAUAUGUCGAACUGAUCUUAGUGAAUGAUAACAGUCAGGUAAGUAUUUCGCUUUUGCAAAUGUUUUAUUAAUAGGAAAGUUAUCUUCAUGCAUAUAAGAUACAUGAAGCAAAUCAUUAAUACUCUAAUUCUGUGCUCGUUAUCUCUUAAAAGAAAAGGAAUGCAAUAAUGAUGUGUUUUAAUCUUUUUACAGUUUCAACGUUACCGAGGUGAUAUUGGUCAAACUAAACUCAGAGCUAUCAGUAUAGCUAAUGUUGUUGACUCGGUAAGUCUGUUGUUGACUUGGUAAGGCUUCAAAGCUGCAUUUAGGUGAUUGACUAAGUACUUGCAAGUAUCGUGACAUCAUGUAGCUGAGAUUGUGGUUAAUUAAUUAACCUGCGCUGCAUGUAAUGAAUUAUUCGAGCGAGAAAAGGGUUUUGUAGUCAUUGUAUGUAGUAGUCUUGUGUUUGGCGGCAGAGACGUUGUUUCAUGUUUUGCUCAACAAAAUAAUGUCUAAUUUCUUGCUCAAGUUGAAUGCCAUCACGCCAUCUGAUACUCUACAGGAUCACGCCUCUGCCACUGAAUGCCCGAUUAACCAUAUGGCAGAAGCGGCAUAUGCCCUUGCACCGCCAGGGCCGUAG